AUGGUGAAUGGACCCGUGUCUCUUCCAUGUACCUGCUCUGGUGAAGAAGUUGAGUGGACCAUCUUCUCCCCCAUUAAAGCCACCAUUGCUGGAUGUCACCAUGGGGUGUGUGAGAUUAAGCCACCUUUUAAGAAAAGCUUUUCGUUCUUGGGCAAUACCAGCAGUGGAAAUUUCUCCAUAAGCAUCAAUUCAACUCGCUACAACGAUCAUGGCAUGUACAGAUGUACCUGUAAUGGAGUACAAGUUAGUGCAGGAAAACUACAUGUUUAUGACCCUAGGAUUGUGAUGGUUGUUGAAGGGAACAACAUCACCCUCCCCUGCUAUGGAGACACUCGGCUUGAUGCCAAGGAUGUUCAGUGGAAGAAAGAUGGGAAAGAUUUGCUGGGGUAUGCUUCUGCAAAGCCCAGUGAAACCUCAGCAGGCAGAUUUUCAGUGUCAAAACAAGGCUUUCAAGAUGGCGAUCUCUCACUCCACAUCAGUUCAGUUAGCCUGUCUGAUGCUGGAUUUUAUCUGUGCCUUAUUCACAGAGAAUCUCGAGAGGGAGACCCACGUGCUGUUGUCCUAAUGGUGGAAAAAGACCAACCGGAGCACCAACCACCCACAACGCCCAACUGCUACACACGAUAUCUAGGAGUAGCAGGAGCACUAGGACUGGUCCUUGCAGUUAUUUUCGGAGCGAUUGUUUACAUGAGAAUAAAGGACUGCAAAAAACCUGGAGAAGAGAGAUCCCAAAGCGCUAGAGCAGAGACACCCGCUAGAGCAGAGACACCCACCUGUCCUGUUCAAGAAGAAUCCCCAGAGAGCCCAAAAAAUUCUUCAACACGUCUAAUCUAG